AUGUCUCUGCCAACAUCGUAUUUCAAGGUGAGCGACAAUGGCCAUCUAAGUGAAAUUGAUAGAAUGAAAUCGAGAGGCUCGAGCUCCUCAGUAUCAAUCGGUGAAGAAUUGACAAGCUCAAGCAAUAAUAGCGAAACUAUUGCUGAUAAUCAGCGCCAGCAUCACCAACAGAUGCGAAAGGGUGCGUUAAAAAUGGAGAGAAGGCUGGAAGAGAAUUCAAAGAAGAGCUCAACGGAAGUACCGAGAUAUCUAGAUGACGGUAAUGAGAUUUUUCAUUUUAUAGAUCCGUUGCCUGCUUCGCCGCCGACUUACUCUAGCUGCACUCCGAACAAAAGAAUUAGAUUCCCUCUUUACGAUACCGUCGAAGGUUGCUCUCCAAGAGCUGUACCGCCGAAAUACAAACCAGCUGUGGAGGCUCUUACAGUUAUCUCCAUGAAAUCGGAAUGGCAGUCACCUUAUGAGCCUUCGCCAUGCAAACAGUGGAGGAAUUUCAUCAUGCAGGUCAAUUCCACGCAACUCAACUUUUACCACAUCGACGAGUCUUUAACGGCUGGUAUCAAGCACUAUUCUGGUGGUGACUCGAAGCUUGGGAGUAGUCAUAGCCAUCAUUCUCACUUUCUUUCUCUGAAAUCACGAAGCACAUACCAAUUCAACAAAGCGGAUCAAGAGAGAAUAACUUUUAACAUCGACAAGAACAGGGAGAAGUACCUUUCAGACGAUAAGAUUGUCAAAACAUACUCGCUACAAUGUGCAAAGCUGGGAAUCCCAACCGAUUAUACGAAGAAAACAUUUGUUUUGCGUAUGCGCUGCGAGUCGGAGCAAUUUCUUUUAAACUUCUCGCAUGUCGAUGAUAUGAUCAUGUUUACCAUGUAUCUGCAAAUGGGUAUCUGUGUUUCCUUAGAUUUGGAUCUGAGAGAAUAUCCAAGUUAUCGAGUGGUGCCUCGCAGAAGGAGACGUCCGCGGCCAAAAAAGAGGGACGGUUUAUUCUCCUCCGACAGCCAUGGCAAAUCUAAUAGCUAUUCAUUUCGUACAAGCAGCGGUACCUCGCUAUCAGCACUAGAAUUCUCCAGGACUUCAAAUGAGGAACCCUCACCAACGAAAGCGAGGAACACCAGAAGUUUAAGCUCAGGGCUUUUGCAAAUAUACAACAAGUCACCGUCUUCUAGUCAACGUGCAGAGACCCGAACAAAGUCGGCGCCCUCCAGUAGGAAAAACUCCGUGGCGGAGGAUUCAAGCGGUUCGCCAGGUCUGAAAUCGAGAUUAAGGGGAUUGUUUAAGACAAGACGUAGCGCUUCAAAUAGGAAAGUCACCGGGGAGAUGUUUCAUUCACCAGCAAGAGGUCUGAAUAGCGUCCUGGAAGAUGAAGAAGAAGAUAUCGCUGUUGCGAGAACCAAGUCUCUGCCACACAAAAAUUUACCAAAAUAUUCGCCGUUGCUACAGAACCUUCGUGAUCGCUCAAUAAACAGGCAGCUCCCUCCUGGCAUGAAUCUUAUGGAGAGCCAUGCUUCCGCUUUUACAAAUACCUUAGGCGAUCCUGCACUCCCAUUCACCCCAGAGGAGGAGGCUUUCUCUCCUGGGGCAGCAUCUAUAGAUUCAAUCCCAGUUCAAAGAUACAAUACGCACACUCAACGUGAUUUGGACGAGUUCCAGAAAAUCGUCCGCGAACAUCGAGAAGCGGAAGUUCUCGGCAGCAAUUCCACCGAGCAUCUGGGCUGCCUAAGCGUUCCUCAUGAAGAUGAAGAGGAUGAAGACGAGGAUGAAGAUGGAGAUGAUUAUGACGAGAACGCAGGCCGCGAUCCCGCUCCCACACCCGGCCCGGAGCCAGCAAGCUCUGUCUACGCUGACGAGGGAAUUUUCCACGACAGUGACGACGAUUACGUGUACACAGCAGAGAGGAGAAACGGCUACCGGAACCGUGCCUCGUCAACAACCAGUGCUCUGUCCAACACGCCGUAUGGAAGCGAUGAGGUUAAAUGGAACCCACCGAUCAAAGAAAUGUCCCGCAGACGCUAUAUCAGAGACUCCCUUCGAUGCAUAAAACCGCUGUCCGAAAAUCACAGAUGGAUUGGGAAAGUCGUUUUGCGGCCAACGAGGGCACCGCCUUUCGAGACGAACAACGUACCAAUCAUCGUAGGCGGUCCCAACUUUGAUUCAGGCCGGUGCACUCCUACAAACGACUACUUUUAUGGAGGAGUCGAGAACAAGCAAAUCAAGAAUCACUACCUAAAGGCAUUCAUCGCCGGGCCUUCGGGAUUCCUCAAAGCCGGAACCAAGAUGUUCAGCUGUGGCCACCACAUUCGGACAGACGAGCUUGUAAUAUGA